UCCACAUCCGCCUCGGCAUCUCUCACUCCGACCCUACCCUACGCUAGGUCCUCUACUAAGGUAGCUAGCUACUCAACCUCCUCCAACAACACCCCUACAAAAGCUCAAUCGACAUAAAAAAAGAGAGACGAAAGAAAACGACCGGAACAAUGAUUCAACCCACCCGCCCCAUCACAGCCCUCGCCUCCCGCGUCGUCGCAAAGCAGGCCCUCCCUCUCGCCCGUCCCGCUGCCUCGGCGGUACGCUCGAGCUCGAGGGGCCUUGCCUCUCUCUCUCGCGGUGGAUAUACCCCUCUUUCUCGCGGUGGAUACGGCCGUGCUGUGCUAGGUGCGCAACGAGGCGGAUACGGUGUUGUUGUGUCCCAGCAGCAGGCUUCUAUCCGGUGGAAGAGCGACAGCAGCAGUCCUUCUCUGCGGAAGUGGGGCUUCGAAGAGAUCACAUCCUCCCUCCCUGCAGACUCAGCCUCCCCAACUCACAAACCCCACCACCCGAUCCUAGUCGACGUCCGCGAACCCGCCGAACUCACCGCAACAGGCAUCAUCCCCUCCGCCGUCUCCGUCCCGCUCGGCUCCCAGCCCGACGCGCUCUUCCUGACGCCGGAGGAGUUCGAGACGCGCUUUGGGUUCCCCAAGCCCGGUGUGGCGGAGGGCGAGAGCAAGGAUCCGGUCGUGUUUUACUGCAAGGCGGGCGUGAGGGCGCGCACGGCGGCGCAGUUGGCUUUGCAGGCUGGGUAUGACGCCGACAGGGUGGGGGUUUAUGAGGGGAGUUGGUUGGAUUGGGCGAAGAAGGGGGGGAGGGUUGAGAAGUGGGAGGGGGGCAAUUAAUUACUCUUUUGUCUCUACUUUGAUUUGAAAAUGUAUGUUAUUUUGGUUAUUUAGGGUGGUUGAUGGUGGUGGUGGUGGUGUAUUUGUUCAGUGAGUGGAUUGGAUUAUGACUGACUGACCGGAUUGUAUUAUUAGUAUU